AUGGCGUCUAAAAAAGAAAAUCCGACCAGACGAGCCAACACUAGAAGUGCUUCAAAGGGUCACCAAGGCAUCAAAGUCACCAUAACAACAGCAGAGAAAAAACUUCUACAAAAUCUAACUCACUUCUACAAAAGGUCCCUUAUGGAUAAAAAUAAAAAAAAUAUGGUGCUCCUGGAUAGAUUUAAAUCUUUCAGACCUAUUUCCUCUUCCGGUAGAUUGGAGUCACUGUCAACUUAUAAAAAUCAAGCGUUAGAUGAUGAGUUUCGCAAUGACAAAAUAUACCGGCCUAAAACGUCUGGCUUGGCGGGGAAAAAUCUGAAUGACGUAACAGGGAUGGGUGAGGGAAGACGAAUGACAGUGACAGGAAAUGAGACGAGCUCGGUUAUGAAUCGAAUCGUGAAUUUCAAUAAAAUCGACAAAUAUGUGUGUCGGUACACUGGACAGAAGAUCGAGGAAAUGAUAACAUUGAACGUGCUGGAGUCGAUGAAGAAUUUGUUUGAAGAGAGGAAGAAAGAUUGUGGCGUUGAUUUGAAGGAAUUCACAUCCGACUUCAAAGCCCUGUUCACAAAGAUGGACUGCUUCUCCCAGAACCACGUAUCGUGGGACGACAUUUGUACGUACAUGCAGCUCAUAUACUCUCACAACUCCGACUCCAUCAAGAAGAAGAAACUCGUCACUUUCAAUCUUCCAGCUAAAUCUACGUUGUCUCCACACAGAGAUACCGUAGUCAGAAUCGCCGAAAUGAGUAAAAGUGAAUUUGAUCUAAAAACUAAAGGCGGCCAGUUCGCCUGUUGCAGCAAGGAUGGUUAUCCCAGUGGUUCUCAAAAACAGAAAUGGGCCACAGACUUUGCUAUCUUGUCACAGUUUAAUAAGAUCGUCGUCUCAACAGGAUCCUGGAAAAAAAGAAAUAAAGACAAUGGAAUUUCCAGCGUCCCAAUUAAUCAGGCCGUGGGAAAAACCCAGAUCCAGUUUCAUAGAUGGCGCGCUCACCUAGAUUGGGUUCAACAAAUUAAAUACAGCGUGGAACUGAAGCAGAUGAUGUCCUGCUCUGAGAAUGAGAAGACUGCCUUCGUUAUAUGUAGUUUGGAUUUCACAAGUCAGCAGCUUUUAAGACUAGGUGGACAGCUGCUAUCCCCUAAAGCAACCAGUAACAAUACUACUACUACUACUACUACUACUACCACCACUACUACCACUACUACUACCACUACUACUAAUAAUACUACCGUGGCUGCUGUGGCUAACACAACAACUACUACCACCAGAGAUGGUAAAAAUUUCACUAGUAGAAAAUCUGCGAGGAAAAACACGUCGGAAAAGUCAUCCACGAAACUGAACAUGACGUCAUUUUUUAACGAGAACUCGACCUACUUCCUGGUUUUCAAAGGGGUCAAGUGCUUCCACGCGUCAGAGUUAAGUAACGUCAUUGUUACUGGAGGUAUGGACAAACAAGUCCGAAUAUGGAACCCAUAUUCACCUCAGAAGGCGUCGGCCAUUUUGAAAGGUCACGAGUCACCUGUGACCUUUGUUUGCAUCGCCGAUAGAGAGGGCAAGAUAUACAGCGUCUCUACUGAUAAGUCUAUAUUUGUGUGGGAUUUGCUUGACCACACAUGGUUGUUGUCGUGCCGGCCAAAGAGUCACAUGAUACAAGGUCAACUACAGGUGUGCAAUUAUUUGCUGAAGAGUAGAAGUUUCAUAUUUGCUACCGAGUCUAUGAGCGUUGUUCAGCAGAAAUUCAGGUGGGAAAAGAGCGCGAAUGUGACAUCACACAAGGAACCAGUGCACGCUUUUGUGUACAACAAGGCGUACAAACAAGUCAUUAGUGCCUGCCGUCAUUCGGUGAAGGUCUGGUACGUGUAUACAGGGCGCUUGUUGUUCCAAUUCGACGGCGCCCACGACAAGCAGGUCGUAUCUUGCAUGUCAUUGGACAGUGCUUCCAGAAGAUUGUUCACGGGAAGUAGAGAUGGGUUGAUUAAGAUGUGGAACUUUAACAACGGUCAACUCCUGAGAACGCUGACACCUGCUUCGAAGAAAAAUAACCCAGAGAUAACAGACGUUAAACACGUCGUUUUGAAUAAAAAUAAAUAUAUAAUUGGCGUUGGUUGGAGCAGACGUAUCAACAUUUAUUCAGAUGACGUUGAUUCGGCCAACAAGCAAACACAGUCGCCUCUUCCUUAUUGGCCUGAAGAUGUUAAAAGCGGCCACAAGUCUGAUAUAGCGAGCCUGACGUACUGCAAACACUGCAAACUGCUCGUGACCUCCGACUUCGACAACAACAUCAUCCUCUGGAAUUUCGUCUCUGGACACAAAAUCGCCAGUCUAAUCGUCCCAACUUGGGCCAAUUUUGAAGGGGAUGUUGUCGGCGAAAGUUCAAAUUGUAGGGUGUUUGAUAAAAAAAAUUUUGAUGGUCGUGAUGGUGAAAUGAAUAGCAGUGGAAAGAUUAACGCGAGUUUUGAUGGAAAAGAUGGUGAAGAAGAUUGUAGAAAAGUCGGGGGUGCAAAAAUUAAUAGCGGUGGUGGUCGUGAGAAUAGUGGCCACCGUUCUGAAACUUCUGCUGCUGCUGCUGCUGUUGCUGAUGAAACCAUUGCUAAAGUUUUGUUCCUAAAGAGAAACUGCACUCAGCAUCCGGACAAGUUUAACCUCUUGACGUUGGGCAAGUUGGGCAGAGUUCAUAUGUGGAAAGUUCAGAAGGGUCAAUAUCGCUGGGUCACCAGCUUCAAUGCUGUUGGUUCUUCUAGCUCGGCCUCUUUAGUUGCAUUGGCGACAAAUUCAACCAAUCAUGUUGCAGUAUUUGGUGAUAGCGAGGGUUAUACUAGCCUGUGGAAUAUCAAGGAAACAGUUCCUAUUGAAAUUUCAAGAUGGCGGUCCCACGUCUCACAAGUAACUUGCCUUCAGAUAGUUGAUGGGACCCUGAACGAUGAUGACGACGACGUCGAUGUUUUCGGCUGUGGUGGUGGUUGUGGUGGUAGAAACACCAACAACAACAAAGACGAUGGUGGUAGUGAUGGUACUCGCAAUUUCAAUACUAGUGAUGAUGAUGGUGGUGACGCUUACGAUGAUGAUGAUGAUGAUAAAAUAAUUGAUGACGUCAUUAAUGAGAUGAAUCAGGACAUUAAAAACAACAAUAACAACAAAGACAUCAACAAUCACAACAACAACAACAAUGACGACGACGACGAUGAUGAUGACAAUAAUACUUAUUACAACUUUAACGACAACAACAUCAACAGAAACAUCAACAUAAAAAAUAGAACCAGCGCUAAACUCCUUGAAAAAACCCCAAGAAAUAAACUCAGAAAUAAUAAAAUCCACAGCAAUAACAACCACAACAACAACAAUAACAACAAAAACAACAACAAUAAUAAUAAUAAUAACGAGGAUGAUGACGAUGUCAGUAACGUAUUCAUCAUCUCGUCAUCUCUGGACUGCAAUGUUAGGCUCUGGAAUUACCUCGGUCACUACAUCGGAACAUUCGGUCAGCAGAGCGAGUGGAUGUUGUACAGCGAGGGAUCGUACACACACCCACACACGCCCAUGGACCUCCUAACCGGCUACACCACAACGACUAAUGAUGAUAAUGAUGAAGAAGAAGAAGAAGAAAAAGAAGAAGCGUUUAAUGAUGACGAAGUUGAAAAUAAGCAUAGAACGGAUAAAGAUAUUAAAAAACAAAGACAUCUCAAAGACGAUAAUGAUGAUGUCGUUUCGACCAAGGAUAGAACUCAGCUCUCAAAACAGAAGAAACUGGACAUAAAUGAAUAUAUGAACAUGGUAUCACAAGAGCCAGAUUUCAUUGCGGGCAUUGGAAAGAGAUUAAGGUACGAAAGGACAAAGCCAAAACCGCUGGGCACUGGCGGUCCAAACGUGUACCAUCACCUUAAAAUACACGACAUACAAGAUGUCAAGGUGCUAGAACCGCCCGUGAUGCUGAAGAAGACAAAAAAUCAUCACGCUACUACAUUCCUCGCCGAACUGGCUAAAUAUUAA